UUAUUUUAAAGAUUAUCUCUUUAGUAUACGGAUGUUUCAUUCACCAUUCGUACCUUAUCCGUCGUUGUUGUCGCCUUCGUCGACAAUUAUUCGCACAUAUACAAAACAUAGACAAAAUGCGAGAAGAACCUGAAUACAGAAAUAACGAUUUGCCAGGAGAUGUUGGUGUAGAAACGAAUGAUCAAACGGUAAAGGCAGUGAUGGGAGCAGGAGAAAUCACCACCAGGGAAUCCAUUGCCCCCGUAUGCUUAGUUACAAUUCUAUUCUUCAUGUGGGGUUUCGCGUACGGUCUACUUGAUGUGCUCAAUUCUCAUUUUCAAGAUGUGUUGAAUGUCAGCAAGGGAAUGUCUGGUGGUCUUCAAGCUGCAUAUUUUGGCGCUUAUUUCGUUGGACCUCUUACUUAUUCUGGAUGGAUCGUUCGCCGUUUCGGUUAUCGAUGGGCAUUCAUCGUCGGCCUUUGCUUAUAUGGUGUUGGGGCAUUGAUGUUUUGGCCUUCGGGAGUAAACAGAUCAUUCGGUGGAUUUUGUGGAAGCAUGUUCAUCGUUGGAAGUGGUCUUGCAACUCUCGAGACAGCAGCCAAUCCUUUUAUUGCAACCUGCGGACCCUCGCGACAUUCAGAACUACGUCUCACGCUCGCACAAUCAUUUCAGGCCAUAGGGACGGUUGUUGCACCAGUUUUAGCCUCCCAAGUUAUUUUCAAAGAUGUUGAUUCCAACUCAUUGACGUCGGUUCAGUGGGUCUAUUUAGGAAUCGGUAUCUUCGUUUUUCUCCUAGCAGUCGUCUUCUUCUUUGUUCGGCUUCCGGAAGUAACGGAUGCAGAUAUGGCUAACCAAGCCGAACUCGCCGUCGAUGUGACGGAUUAUAAAGACAAACCACUUCGCCAGCAAUACACCCUUUUUUACGGUGUACUUGCCCAGUUCUGCUAUGUUGGUGCUCAAGUAGCCUAUGCCGGAUAUUUCAUCAAUUACGUGAUCUGGGUACGACCUGAAACAUCGAAAGCAACUGGAUCUAACCUACUCGCUGUCGCUCAGGGUUGUUUCGCAAUUGGUCGAUUUGUAUCCAGUGGACUUCUUAAAAUCACAAAACCGAGAUUCGUCCUAUUGGGCUUUAUGAGUGGAGCUGUGAUUUUUGCGUCACUGGUUCUAGCACUAAAAGGCAACACAGCAAUAGCAAUGAUUUCUCUCGUACUAUUCUUCGAAUCCUGUUGCUUUCCACUUAUAUUUACGCUAUCACUGCGUGGACUCGGUAGACACAGCAAACGCGGUGCUUCAUUUAUCAUUGCAGCUGUUAGCGGUGGAGCACUGUUUCCACCUGUGCUGGGAAGUGUUGCAGAUGCUUUUGAUGGCAAUACGCAACGUGCGUUCUUCGUACCCUUGAUUGGGUUCUGCAUUGCAUGGACCUUCCCAUUGUAUUUGAAUCUGUUCAAAGGAAAGAGUCUGGAUGGCUGGACGGAGAAUGUUAAGGUCAGCCCGGAACCAAACAUGAAUUCUAACGAUGGUGAAAUCUUGGGUGAAAACGAAAGGUCGAAAAACAUAUGACAUUUAUAGGCGAACCGUAUAGCCCAAUUUAAUUUAUUACAUAUACCAGUAUCGGCCGAAUAAAUUACAUUUAAUUAAUA